UUUAUUUGUUAUUUGCUCAUCCAUAAGGACGCCACCCACGUUCUCUGUUCCUCACCACUGUCAAAAAUGUCAGCUUAUGGCCACUCUUCUCCUUCAGUUCAUGAACUUCUCCUCCAAUGGAAACCCAUCUCUUCCUCCUCGUUCUCUCACUCCUCCUAUUCUUAUCCAAACCCGGAUCCGGAUUCGGAUCCCCCGGCCCCAUCGCGGCCUCCUUAGGCGGCAACUCUGCUUUCUUCUGCGCCAUCGACGCUAGCGGACGCCAAGAAGUUAUCUGCUGGGGCAAAAACUACUCAUCUCCUUCUUCUCCAUCUUCCUCUUCUUCUUCAACUUCACAAACCUACAACAUUCCUUCCAUGGCCGUUCUCUCAGGCGGAGACGGUUUCCUCUGCGGUGUUCUGUCCAACACAUCUCAACCCUUUUGUUUCAGUUCACUUGGAUCUUCUUCCUCCUCGGGUACGGAUCUUGUCCCUCUCUCUUACAGGACAACUGCUUACUCUCAGAUCGCUGCUGGAAACAGACACGUCUGUGCAGUCAGAGGAGCUUACUAUUCCGACCACGACUCUGGAACCGUAGACUGUUGGGAGAUAACGAAAGCUGCCAAUAACAGUUUUGUCGCUAAAGAGAGUUCUAACUUCUACGAUCAGAACGUUAGUAACCUCGUCUUCAACAAGAUUGUGUCUGGUGAUGGGUUUAGCUGUGGUGUUGUCAGAGAAGGUGGGGUCCUCUGUUUCGGCCCAAAGUCUUCUACUUUAGGGCUUAACAUAACAACUUCAGACAGCUUCGAGGUGUUAUCCGCUGGGAAAAGUUCAGUAUGUGCGAUUCUAAACUCAACUCGUGAGAUUAAAUGUUGGGGAGACGAGGACUCUUUUGUUAAUUCACCAGGUGAUAAGUCUCGCUUCGUUGCGUUAGCAUCUGGUCCUAACCAUUACUGCGGGAUCCGCGAAGAUACUCACGAGGUUGAGUGUUGGGGCGACGCUAACUUCUCGUUGAUACCUAAAGCUUCCGGCUUUAAGGCUAUUGCGUCUUCUGACUCCAUCGUUUGCGGUAUAAGAGAAGAGGAUCUCGUUCUCGACUGCUGGAUGGUUAACGGGUCGUCAACACUAGCGUACGAUCCUCCUUUAGAGCUUUGCAGUCCAGGGGUAUGUAGAGCUGGUCCUUGUGGGGAUAAAGAGUUUGCUUUCAACGCAAGCAUCCUCGACGAGCCUGACCUAACGAGUUUAUGCGUGAGGAAAGAGUUGUCGCUCUGUUCUCCUUGCGGAUCGGAUUGCUCUAACGGAUUCUUCUUGUCGAGUUCGUGCACCGAGAACUCUGACCGGGUAUGUACCUCGUGCUCGCUAUGUCAGAACAGUUCUUGUUCCGACAUUUGUAAGCUUCACAACCACGAUUCUUCUUCAGACAAACAUUGGAAUCAGCUAGCUCUCAUCGUCGGCUCUUCCGCCUCGGCUCUGUUGAUCAUCAUCAUCUGUUGUUGCGUCGUGCCACGGUUUGUCACUAGUCCUAACAAAGAAGACGGUUUCAAAUCUUGCAUAGGAAAGACCGAUCUAGAAACCGAGCCACUCGAAAUGAUCCCCCCUGCUCCAUCGGUAACCCCUUUCGCGCAAGUGUUUAGGCUCUCCGAGCUUAAAGACGCGACCAACGGGUUCAAAGAGUUCAACGAGCUAGGCAGAGGAAGCUACGGGUUCGUCUACAAAGCCGUGUUAUCCGAUGGGAGACAAGUCGCGGUUAAAAGAGCUAACGCAUCGACGAUAAUCCACACUAACGCUAGAGAGUUCGAAGCCGAGCUGGAGAUUCUAUGCAACAUUAGGCAUAGCAACAUCGUGAAUCUCAUCGGCUACUCCACCGAGAUGGGAGAGAGGCUUCUUGUCUACGAGUACAUGCCUCACGGUACGCUUCACGACCAUCUCCACGGCGGGUUUUCGCCGUUGAGUUGGGGGUUAAGGGUUCGCAUCGCGUUGCAAACGGCGAAGGGUCUCGAAUAUCUUCACGUUGAAGCUGAGCCGAGGAUUGUGCAUGGAGAUGUGAAGUCUUCGAACGUGCUUUUGGACUCCGAGUGGGCCGCGAGAGUUGCGGAUUUUGGGCUUCUGACGUCGUCUAACGAGAGGAGUUUGGACGUCAAAGGAGAUGUUUAUGACUUUGGGGUUGUGUUGUUGGAGAUUUUGACCGGGAGGAAGCGUUACGAUAGGGAUUGUGACCCUCCGGAGAUAGUUGAAUGGGCAGUUCCCGUGAUCAGGGAAGGCAAAGCGGCGGUGGUUUUGGAUAAGUAUAUUGCUUCGCCGAGAAAUGUGGAGCCGUUGUUGAAACUCGCUGACGUGGCGGAGUUGUGUGUACGGGAGGAUCCGAGUCAACGACCAAACACGUCGGAACUUGUGAACUUGUUGGAUCAGUUGGCCAGAGAUGGACUGCUCCUGUAGUUUUUGUUUUGUUUUUUGGUGUGUGUUAUCUAUACUUUUAUUUCUGAAUUUUAAUUGUAUAAUCAA